GCAGAGGGCAGGCGAGGGGGCCUGCGUCUGGGACAGCUCUCAUGGGAACAAGUUAAUGACCGACCAAGAUCAACAGACCGGCAGGGGAGUUCGCAAGGGCAGGGUGUGGGCAGCAGAUCCACUGGGGACGCGGGCAGGGGGAUGAAGGGGCUUCUAGUGCUGUGCUUGGGCCUCCUGGCCCUGGCGGAUGCCAACCGGUCGCCCCUCCAGCAAAGGGCUCUGGAGCUGGUGCUAGAUUUCUUCCACAGCAGGGACCUCGUUCAGGCGACGUUCAAGGAGCAAGCCGUGACCCACGUCACGGAGACGGUGAGUGGGACAUGCAAGGGGGGAGCGUGCGUGGGGCUGGAGGGGGAGGCGGAGGAUCGUCACCCCAUAUAACAAAGCCCCACGGACUGCCACCCACCUAUGCCCAAUAAAACUUGCCCCCUGUGUGCAAUAGUGGCGGGGAAUGAACUUCCCAAUUUGUUGGAUAAGCUGAGGACGUUAGCAGACCCUCCAAGUGUCCUUGAUUUCCAGCGACAGUCUGAUUUACAGAAGCUGCCCCAGUUUCUGAGUCCUGGAAUGUCCUGCUUUUCCUAUUUUCAUUGGAGAUGUGUUGGAGGGUAUGGAAGAGGAUCAUAGCUGUCAACUUUUCCCUUGCGAGGAAUCCUAUUCGGAAUAAGGGAAUUUCCCUCUAAGAAAGGGAAACGUUGACAGCUAUGAAUAGGAUGCCCCUAUUUUCAUCAGAGAAUUUUGGAGGGUGUCCCUGUUUUCCUCGGAUAAAUGUUGCCGGGUGUGCAUUCGACUUAAGGGGGUCCCAAGACUCUGCUUCUCCUUCUGCACGUCUGGGAUUGGAUCCCUGGUUCUUAGAUUAUCAGUGUUCUACUGAUCACUACAGAAUCACAGGAUUCUAGAACUGGAGAGCAGGAAGGGACGCCUGAGGAUCAUUUAGCCCAACCCGCUGCAAGGCAGGAAUCACAGCUGAAGAAGUCCUGGCAGACGGCCGUCUGACCUCUGCUUAGAAGCCUCCAAGGAAGGCGAGUCCACCACCUUCUGAGGGGGUCCAGUCUGCUGUCCAACAGCUCUUGCCAUGAGAGAGUUCUCCCUGUUGUUGAGUCGGAAUCUCCUUUCUUGUCAUCGGAUCCAUCGGUUUGGGUCCUCCCCUCUGGAGCAGCAGAAAACAAGCUUGCUCCCCCUUGGCCGGCCUCUUCCCACCUGGCCUGGGAGGGUGGGACCUGGACUGCAGCUACCAGAGCUGAGGCUGCUGAUCAGACUCAUUGGCUGCAUUAUUGCUUAGGGGUUUUUGUUGGGGCACUGGAGCUGUUACUGUUAUUAUUAUUGUCCCUUUUAGAUGUUCAGUCUGGUUGUGUAUUCUUUGAUGUUUUAUAGUCAUACCUCGGGUUACAGACGCUUCAGGUUGUGUUUUUUCAGGUUACGGAUGCUCCAAAACCUGGAAGUACCGGAAUGGGUUACUUCCAGAUUUCGGAGGUUGCGCAUGCGCAGAAGCACUGAAUCGCAACCCAUGCGUGCACAGACGCGCAGCUGUGAGUUGCAAAUGCUGCAGGUUGCAAACGUGCAUCCCGCACGGAUCACAUUCGCAACCUGAGCAUCCACUGUAUUUAUUGUUCAUGAUCAAGGCAAACCAAGCCUUAUGAGGAACAGCUGAAGGAUCUGGGUAUGUUUAGCCUGGAAAAGAGGAGGCUGAGAGGAGAUAUGAGAGCCAUCUUCAAAUAGCUCAAGGGCUGUCACGUGGAAGAUGGAGCAAACUUGCUUCCUCCUGCUCUGGAGGGUAGGACUCAAACCAAUGGCUCCCGCCAAGGAAGGAGAGUCCACCUAGACUGUUCCACUGUUGAACAGCUCUUACUGUCAAAGUUCUUCCUGAUGUUUAGUAGGAACCUCCUUUCUUCUCAUUUGAAUCCAUCAUUUAAACAUCCCCAAGUCUCUCCACCGUUCCUCCAGACCCUUGACCGCCCUUGUCACUCUCCCACGCAAGGCGAUUCGCCACUGGGGAACUCCUAGUUUGGCAAGGAGUUCUUUUCCACAUUGAGCUCGGCUUUCUUUGGUUGCAGGAAUUCCCAAGGGGAACCUAUGUCCAGCUGGAAGUUGACCUUGUGCAGACCUUCUGCCGGAAGCAGCAACGGGGGACGCAAAACUGCCGGAUCAAGCCAGGCGGGGUGAGCCAGGAAGGUGCUAAUUUAUCCAUUGCCAAGCUGCUCUCUAUUCCUUUUAAAAUGUAUUCGAAGUCUAAAACAUCAUAAACAAAGAGGCAGUAAGCCUACAGAGGAGGAAUCCACAGAUCCUUAUGAGGGUCCCCCCCCCCGCCACCCAGUGAGCAAGUUAUGUGGGAUUCUGGUCAGCUUCACUAAUUUGCACAGUGCAUUGUUAGACUGUGGAACUCAAUGCCACAGGAGACAGCAAUGGCCACCAAACUGGAUGGAUUUAAAAGAGGAUUAGACAAAUUCAUGGAGGAGGAGAGAGCUCUUGAAGGCUACUAGCCAUGAUUCUGAAUUCCAGUUGCUAAAGCCACAGGAGGAGAGAGAGAUGUUGGACUUGGGUUGGCCACUCUGAGAACAGGAUACUGGAUUCCAUGGGCCCCUGGCCAGAUGCAGUAGACUUGCCGUAUGUUCUUCUGUUACUGUUCAUAGAAUCAUAGAAUUGUAGAGUUGGAAGGGACUCCGAGGGUCCUGUUAUGCUGUGUUGUUAUAAAUAAUAAUAAUAAUAAUAAUAAUAAAUUUUAUUUAUACCCCGGCCAGAGCCGGGCUCAGGGCGGCUAACACCAAUAAAAUCACAGUAAAAACAUAGUAAGGGGGAAAGAGGGGGGGGCGACAAUUUAAAAUACAGGUUAAAAUGCAAUUUAAAAUGCAGCCUCAUUUUAAAAUAGCCGAUAAAUCAAGACCAUAAGGGGAGGGAAACACAAGGGUCAGAGUGAGUCCAAACCAAAGGCCAGCUCCGUCUUGCAGGCCCUGCGGAAAGAUGUCAAGUCCCGCAGGGCCCUAGUCUCUUGUGACAGAGCGUUCCACCAGAUUGGGGCCAGUGCUGAAAAGGCCCUGGCCCCUGCCUUUUAUGCUGGUCUGGCGGGGAGCUGUAGUUUAAAACCUUUAGAGGGUUCCAGGUAGGUGAAAGCUGGGCUAGCCCCAGUAGAACAAGAGUCACAAAGCAAAAGGAUUUGAGGAGGCACGAGCUUCUCUUAGGAACGUUCAACGUUUUUAGUAUGCAGGUACACUGACCACAAGGUUCAUUUUGUUUUUGGUUUUUCAUAUUUUAUUUUCAAUUUUCAAUAAUUUAACAUUCAAAUUAAUUACUUAUUCAUCCCUCCUAGACUCCCCCCCUUUCCAAUUUCUUCCCUUUGUUACACAUUCUUAGUUUUCCAUUCAGUUACAAGUCCAUUGAUAACCACAGUUCACAUUGCUUCAUAGAUGCUAUAUCAGUCCUGCUAAUGUUUUAAAGUCUUUACAGUAGAUUUAUAUUCCAUAAGUUAAAUCCAGUCUUGUGUAACCUUUUUUUCAUCUUGGUCCCGGAUUUUCACGGUGAUCUUUGCAUAGUCUAUCACCUUAGUUAUCCAUUUCUCCUUCGUUGGUACUUCCUCUUCUUUCCAUUUCUAGGCAAGGAGCAUCCUGGUGGCUAUAGGUGCAUACAUAAAUAGUCUUUUAGCAUUUCCUGGUAUGUCUUCACCUAUUAUUCCUAAUAAAAAGGUCUCUGGUUUUUUAACAAAAGUUAUCUUAAACAUUUUCUUCGACUCAUUAUAAAUCAUUUCCCAGAAACCUGUUACCUUUUUACACGACCACCACAUAGGAUAAAAUGUACCCACUUUAUCUUUACACUUCCAGCAUACAUUGGAUAAAGUCUUAUACAUUUUUGCUAACUUUACUGGAGAUAAAAUACCAGCGGUAAAACAAGGUUCAUUUUGGAUCCUGAUUCAGCGCUUCAAAAAACCAGCCGGAUUCAUGGCAGAAAUGACUGGCAGAAUCCGAGACCAGGGAGAAGAGUCGGUGGAAAAAGAUUGGAAGAAAUUUAAAGACUAUUUGCAGAAAUACUGUAAAAUUAAUGAAUGUUAAAAUGAUGUUGGAAUGGAAAUAAGUGGUUUUGGUAAUAAGGUUAACAAGAAUAUGCAAAUAUAGAUUGUUAUAUGAAUGAAAAUAUAUAGUUAUAAUAGGUUAAGAUGCAGAGUAAAGAUAAAUGAAAGAGGGUAAGGAUUUGCUGAAAGGAUUUUGUAAACAGGAAUACAAAAAGGGGAGGUGUGAGGAGGUCAAGGAAAUAAGUAAAUGAGCCUAAAGAUAUCGAAAAAUGGAUCUUUUCUUUUUUAAAUUUUCUUUUUUCUCUUUUUCUUUUUUAGACAUCUGCUUUUUGUAUUUUGUAUUUUCCUUUUUCUCUUUUAGGUUUCCUUUUUUAGGUAUUUUUCUUGUUAUCUUUUUUCUUUUUCUAUUUUUGUGUAAUCUUCGGUUUAAUUUUUUUAACUCUUUAAACCUAUGUGUAUUGUAAACUCUUUUUUUAACUCUUUAAACCUAUGUGUAUUGUAAACUCUUUUUUUAACUCUUUAAACCUAUGUUUAUUGUAAAAUCUUAAUAAAUAUUUUAUUUAAAAAACAAACAAACAAACAAACCAGCUGGAUUCAGAUCGGACAGAUUUAAGACGCAGCCCUGUUAGCUUUGAGUCUGAAUCCGGGUCUUGAUUCAGGGUGAAUCAAAGCUUUGUGCCUCCCACUUCACCAUUAUGUGGAAUUUUUUUAAUCGCUGCUCCUCUUUCGAUGGAAUUUGCAGGCAUUGUAAACCCCUUCUGGGGGCACAAAUGGAGACACAUUUCCGAAGGCAGACUGCAGUGAUAUUCUUGCAAGAGCAGCCUUUGCCGUUUUGGGGUGUUGCUCCUGUUAUAGUUUGGGGUCAAACCAAAACCUUAUUUGGGCCUCUCUUGUGAAAACAGACCUCGUUCCUUUUCCUUCCCUUUCUCUGCCCAGAGGAAACAGAAGUGCCUGGCUUGCUUCAAGUUUAACUCCAGCGACCCUCAGAACAUUUUGGACGAAUCCAAGCGGUGCCUCUCAGAGCAGAACCCAAUCUUCCAGGUGGGUCACGUCAUACUUUGACAGAAAUGCUCCUGGACCCGAGUUCUGAAUAAUCUGAUUUUGAAUAAACCUGUAAUUAAUUGUGACUAUUUUGAAUCUUAUGGUGUCAUUAUCUUCCUUGGUGGGUUGCGCAGGCUGCUAUUCUGAGCAAUGCCUUUUAUAGGGUAGGGGGCACUGGGGGUGAGUUUAUGGAACCAAGGGGCAGGUAACCCCAAAAAGCUUGGGAAGGACUGACUCAGGAGCUCAUGGCACACCUUUUCCCUUCUGAGUGUCCCGCAGGAAGUGAGGAGGAAGCAGAAUCAGGAAUGUGAAGCAGUCAAGGAGGCGUAUGAGGAGCAACGAUACCACAUCGGACAGUUUGCUUUUCUCAAGGGGCGCCCAGAAGAGUGGUAAGUGCUCAGCUUCAGUUCCUGUAGCCCAUACUUGUUUUCCGUUAGUUGCAUUUAUCGAUCGCCUCGUCAACAAUGCAUUCUCGAGGUGGCAUGCAGUGAUCAUAUGAAACAUAACUGAAAAACACAACCAACACAACAAAUCCACAAUAAAGCAAAGGGCAGCCAACUUCCCAGCGACAAUUCAAAUCCAACUCAGCAUUUAAAAAAAUGUUGGGCACCAGUAGGCAACCUCUGUAUGAAAGCUCAAGCCAACCAAUUGCCAUUAGUCUGCUGAGACAAAAAUAAAUGACGUUAAAUAAUGAUAAAAUGGUAUCUAAAUAUUAUCAAAGCUGUUCAAAGGCCUGGGAGUUGUUGGGUUUUUUAAAAAGUCAUUGCCCAGUGCCCAGUAUAUCUUUUCGGCAGCCUUCAAUCACAAUGAGGAGCGAGAAAGCUUGUUUUCUGCUGCUCCAGAGGACAGGUUCAAAUGACAAGGAGAUUCUGGCUAAUAUUUGGACGAACUUUCUGACAGUAAGAGCCGUUUGACAAUAGAACGGAUGCACUCAGAAGGUGCUAAAAUCUCCUUUGUUGGUUGGUGGUUGGAUGGCUGUCUGUCAGGGAUCCUUUAGCUGUGGUUCUUGCAUUACAGGGGGUUGGACUGGAUGACCCUCAGGGUCCCUUCCAACUUUACAGUUCCAUGAUUCUAGGAUGUGCUGUUUUGUCUGCCUUGCAGGCAGGAGGUCCCAGGUUCAAUUUAUCUUGGCAUCUCCAGGUAGGGCUGGGACAGACUCCUGCAUGAAAUCCUUCACUUCAUCUGCAAUAACCACCUUCACUCUCCUCCCUGUCUAGAUGGGAUCCACAUUUACUGGGCUGUUCUCCAACCAUCAAGGAAACAAGGCACCCUCUUCCUUUUGGAGACAAGCAGAACAUCCCCCAGUUUGGGUCUCGGUGCCACAGGAAUGGAACCACUCUUGGUCCCAGAGGAGUCUUCUGUCUUCCAAGCUUGACUUUCCUUCCUCCUUUCUUUAUUCCCCUAAUAAAAGUUUAAGUGGAGG